AUGAAAGAAAAUGAACCUGAUGAAUCAUUAUUAAUUCCACAAGCAAUUGAUCAAUGUUUCUUUGUAUUAGAUGAAGAAGGAGUAAAAGAUCCUUUUGUAUUUAAAAGAAAAGGUGAUGGAAAGAUAAUAAAUAAGAUUAUUCCAUUGAUUAAUUUAGGAAAAGACUUUGAAAUACCUAAUGCUUUAAUCGCUGCUGAUAUUAUUAAAAUUUAUUUAAGAAAUUUACCUGAACCAUUACUUCCCUAUGAUUCAAUUCCUGAACUUAUUGAAGAAACACCAGAAAAAAAUAUUGUAUUAAUUAUUCAAUAUAUUGAUAAAUUACCUUUAUAUAAUAAAGCUCUCUUAAAUCGUUUAAUGAAACUUUGUUAUAGAAUUUCAUUAAAUCAUGAUGACACUCAAAUGGAUUCUUUAACACUAGCAAAAAUAUUAGCACCAAAUUUAUGUUGGUCAAAAGAUGAAGGAAUUACUGGAAAUAUUUAUACACUGGUUGAAACAUUAAUUGCAGAAUAUCCUUCUAUUUUUGAAAUGAUUGAUAAAACUUUAGAAGAACGUCAAACAGCUAUUUUUGUUGCUAAUAAUAAUGACGAAAAAGAAUAUUUUGAAGUAAAAGAAAAAUUAAGGCAAGAAUUAGUAAAUGAAGAAAAUGGUGAACCAGGACUAAUAAAUGAAAAGAAUGAAAGUACCAGUGAAGAUGUAUAA